AUGGUGGUACCAAUGCCCGAAGACGACAUCCAGAACCACAACCACAACCACAACAAGAUCUUGGCUGAUUCAAAACAACAUGCCGGCACUGCGCCCUCGUGUGCAUUAUGGCAGACGCGCAGCUAUGUAGAUCAUAGCCACUUUCACGUCAACCGCACUCGGGCGGUUGCGACCAUGCCGAUUCGCUUCUACUCUUCAACACACUCGCCUUCACAGCCUCGCAAGUCCGGUUCGGCACCGCUCGCCCAUCGAAGUCUCAUCUCGCUCUCGGGCCCUGAUGCAGCCAAAUUUCUUCAAGGACUCAUCACGAACAACGUCGAUGCAAGCCGACAGGCUCCCUUCUAUGCCGCCUUUCUGGACGCCAGGGGCCGAGUCCUGUGGGAUGUUUUCAUCUGGGUUUGGCCCGAGUUGGUGGCGGAAAAGGGACACUGGGCGUGUUAUAUUGAAGUGGAUCAAACCGAGGCAGGUGCCCUCAAGAAGCACCUGAAGCGACACAAACUGCGGAGCAAGGUGACGAUUGAAGACGCCGAAUCGGUUGGUAUAUGGGCUGCUUGGGGCGAUGCGCCUGCGCAAGUACCCAAGGAGAAUGCUGUCAGUGACCUGCAGGAUCCGCGUGCACCAGGACUCCAUCGAUAUCUCGUGGCACAUGAUCGGACCUCACUAGCAGAUCGAUCGGAAGUUUUGGAUGUGAGUGAAUAUCACCUCCAACGCUAUUUGCUCGGGGUACCAGAAGGGCCAGUGGAGAUCCCACGAGAAAGCGCAUUACCAAUGGAAUGUAAUAUCGAUCUAUCUUCGGGGAUAGAUUUCAAAAAGGGUUGCUAUGUCGGCCAGGAGCUUACGAUUCGAACGAAACACACUGGUGUAGUGCGAAAGCGCAUGCUCCCCAUCCAGUUGGAACAUCCCGGUGCCUCGGUCUCUCCACCAGUCUCUGGUACAGACAUCAAACAAUUGGAUGAUGACGGAAGGACGAAGAGAGGCCGCGCUGCAGGCAAAUUCAUAGCUGGAGUUGGGCAAGUUGGACUUGCAUUGUGUCGCUUGGAGAUGAUGACAAGCAUGAAGGUCAGCGCAGAGGGUGGAAGCUGGAAGCCAGGCAUGCAAUUUGGUGUCGACACUGAUAAUGGUGUUGUAAAAGUGAAGCCGGUUCUACAUGACUGGUUUCUGUCGAGAGAGAGCCAUCUCUGGGAUAAGAAUCGGACACGUAUAUGA